AUGUUGGGUGCUAACCUGGGCGUAUCUGCGUAUGUCUGGGACUGUGGAGUUGCCCUUUGCCGAUAUUUUGAGAAGCAAGGCAUCACCUUUAGCGGGAAGAAAGUGAUUGAACUGGGAUCGGGCACUGGAAUCGUAGGGAUUUUAGCAACGCUACUUGGUGGAGAUGUAACCAUGACGGAUAAGCCAAAAGUCCUAAAGCAAAUCGAAACAAAUGUCAUCGUCAACGUCCCCAAUGCCUGCAGACACCGUUUACAAGUCCGUCCCUUGACAUGGGGUGAAAACCACACCAACUUCCCCACCGACUAUGACUUCAUCUUGGGUUCGGAUAUUGUGUACAGCUCAGUUACCUACCCAGCUCUAAUAGAAACAUUGUGCCAUCUCGCCAACCAAGGGACUACAAUCUACCUCUCUUCAGAAUUACGGGAGAGGAAUGGAUCCCCUUCUUUCCACGAGGAGCGUCUACCUCAGUAUUUUAACUGCCAUGUUGUUGACAGGUUGGAGGACAAAGCUAUCACUCUCUACAAAAUGACCAAAAUCGAUACACGUCCUGGGGAUUGUCUCCCAAGUGACGAUAGAAAUCAGUUAGUCACUGAACCUAACACUGGGUCUCAACCAGCCUCCCUGUCAUCGCCUCAUUAA